AGCACUCCACACCCGCCAUAAAAUUCUCCCACUGCUAUGAUAUGAAAAAGGUUUCAGUGUUUUUCUUUACUGGAGUUUAGCCAUGGCGCUCUCACCAUUUCCUGUAACUCAUCAAGCUUGCCCAUUAUCAUCUUCACAUUCUCUUUACUAUCUUAUUUUGCAAACCAAGACCCAGAAUAACAGUUUCAGAGCACUCAAAUUCAAAUCUUAUUGUGUUUCUCAUCAAACAGUAAAGGUUGGUAUUGAUAUAAGUAAGAAGAAGAGGAAGCCCAAGCCAAGUUUUUUGGACCAAAUUAAGGAUAAAUGGUCUCAAAAACCAAUCAUUUCCACUAGAGAGAAAUUGCCAUGGCAAGAAAAAGAGGAACUUGAAGAACAAGAAGAAGUUGAAAAAGAGCAGACUUUUGAGGCGACCGCAUCUGAGACAGAAAGUGAUGAAGACCCACGAGUGGAAGUGAGUGACCCAGUGAGUAUUCCUUUGCCGAGUCAGGUAAUUGCUGCUCCUUGGUCUCAUGGACGCAAAUUUAAUGAACCCCAUUUUGAUUUUGUUCCUGAAAGUCCAGAAUUUGAGUCUCAAAUAGAAGUUAGUUUUGCUAAUGAGAAACCAAUUGAUUUCGUUGGCGACCGAAUUGAAAAACCCGAACUUUUAGAUGAGGAAAUUAGCUUUAAUAAGCAAAAGCCUAUAUUAUCAGCACACAAAAAGAUUGCAGCUGUUGAGGGCAUAAAUGAGGUAGUUUCCUCCAGGCAGAAUUUGGAGGUUUCUACUAGUGGUAGUAACGAGGGUGGUUCAAUUGAAGGAGAUGGCAAGAGGGGUAAGAAGAAGAGCAACACAGAGAUGGCAGAGAGGAUGAUACCUGAGCAUGAAUUGCGGAGGCUAAGGAAUAUUGCGCUGAGGAUGGUGGAGAGGACUAAAGUUGGAGCUGCAGGUAUCACACAGGCGUUAGUUGAGCACAUUUAUGAGAGAUGGAAGUUGGAUGAGGUGAUCAAGUUGAAGUUUGAAGAGCCUCUUUCUCUUAACAUGAAACGUACACACGAGGUUUUGGAGAAAAGAACUGGAGGGUUGGUUAUAUGGAGAUCAGGUGGCUCAGUGGUGUUAUAUAGGGGCAUGGCCUACAAGCUUCACUGUGUUCAAUCGUAUUCCGGGCAGGAUCAGGCUGAUACAAGUGCUUUGGAUGUUUUAACUACUAACACAGAAACUAUGGUAGUUAAGGACUCUGUUAGGACCGAGGAGUCCUUCAUGCUUUCUUCUUUGGAAUAUUUGAAGGAUCUAUCUAAAGAAGAGCUCAUGGAUUUGUGUGAACUCAACCAUUUGUUAGAUGAACUAGGUCCACGAUAUAAAGAUUGGUCAGGUCGAGAACCGUUGCCUGUUGAUGCGGACUUGCUUCCACCUGUUGUUCCUGGGUAUCAACUCCCAUUCAGACGCCUUCCUUAUGGGGUAAGACAAUGUUUGAAGGAUCGUGAAAUGACUACUUUCCGUAGACUUGCGAGGUCAAUGCCUCCUCAUUUUGCCUUAGGAAGAAAUAGGGAACUGCAAGGUUUGGCACAGGCUAUUGUGAAGUUAUGGGAAAGAACUGCAAUUGCUAAGAUAGCCGUUAAACGUGGAGUAGAAAAUACACGCAAUGAAAGAAUGGCUGAAGAGCUUAAGCGAUUGACAGGGGGGACAUUGCUUUCCAGAAACAAGGAAUUUAUUGUAUUUUACAGAGGCAAUGAUUUCUUGCCACCUGUUGUAACAAAUACAUUGAAAGAGAUGCAAAAGUCGAGAAAUCUUCGGCAGGAGGAGGAAGAGGAAGCACGAGGGAGGGCCCUAGCCUUGGUGGGAUCUAAUGUAAAAGCUUCUACACUUCCUUUGGUUGCCGGCACUCUCGCAGAAACCACUGCUGCAACCUCUCGCUGGGGGCACCAACCAAGCCCCGAUGAAGUGGAGGAAAUGAAGAGAAAUUCAGCAUUGACUCAACAGGCUUCACUAGUCAGACAUCUUGAGAAGAAACUAGCUCAUGCUAAAGGGAAGUUGACAAAGGCCAAUAAAGCUUUAGCUAAAGUGCAGGAGCAUCUUGAUCCCACAGAUCUCCCGACUGAUUUGGAAACGUUGAGUGAAGAGGAGAGAAUUUUAUUCCGUAAGAUUGGUCUGAGUAUGAAACCCUACUUGCUUUUGGGAAAACGAGGAGUUUAUGAUGGUACAAUAGAAAACAUGCACCUCCAUUGGAAAUACCGAGAGUUGGUAAAGAUACUUGUGAAAAGAGAAAGUUUGGCCCAAGUGAAGCAUAUUGCAAUUUCAUUGGAGGCUGAGAGUGGUGGGGUGCUAGUAUCUUUAGAUAAAACUACUAAAGGCUAUGCUAUUAUAAUCUAUCGAGGAAAAAACUACUUGCGUCCUCUUGAAGUGAGGCCAAAGAAUUUAUUGACAAAAAGGCAGGCAUUAGCUCGAUCAGUUGAACUUCAGAGAUGUGAGGCACUGAAGCAUCACAUCUCUUACUUACUGGAAAAAAUCGAGCUAAUGAAAUCAGAGCUGGAAGAAAUGAAAGCUGGGAAUGAGGUUGGUGCCGUAAAUACCCCGUACUCAAGGUUGAAUGAAGCUCUACUUUCUGAUGAGGAUAUUGAAGAGGAAGACUGGGAAGAUGAGUAUAUGGAAUCAUAUGGCAGCGGCAAUGAUAAUGAUGAUGAUGAUGAUCAGCAAAAGGAAAGACCAGUUUAGUAGUUGCUCGACCAGAUCACAGCCUGGAGUACCAGCUACUGCAGAUUUUUGAAUAAAGGCAAAUGCUUUAACAUUCCAGCUUCUAAGCCAGGGAAAGAUCAUAUAUAGAAAUGGAUAUCAUUGGAUGUUGCAUUCAAAUUAUAUGGUUAUUUUCCUUAUUUGCAGCAAAUUUUAGAAGGUUGUAGGCGCUUCUAGUUAUAUUAUAAAUACAAUUAAUGAUCCAACAGAAGUUUUAUUCUAAAA